UUUGAUAACGUGGCACGCUGGUAUCGCAUCUUGGAUUGCAGAGGUUCAUCGACACUGCUACAUAAACCAGGCGCUGUCCGUGAAGCCGCGCAGGAGCUUGAACCGCCGUGGCCCUGGGCCAGAAACGGGCACAAUGCAAUGAAAGACUGCUGCAGGAUCGUCGGCAGUCUCGUCGUCGGCAAUCGCGAUGCUCAGAUCGUCCAACUGCCGGUCAAGACUCGAGCUGAGGCUGAGACGCACAACGUGCGUGGCGACGCCUCUUUUUUGCACACGAGAAAGCAGUCGACACCGCGCUGCCCGAGGGUGGGGUACUGCUUGUAG